AUGAAGACUAGGAUAAUCUCUGAAUCAGUAGUUCGACGUUGUCUUCUUUUACGACAUCGAAAUGCAACCAAUUCAUUUCCUAACGACACCGUGUACAUUUUGUCAAGAAUUGCGACAGAAAUUGUAAAAGAAAUAUUAUACAGAAGUGCUACUAAUGCUGAGGAAAAUUGUUCGGAGCGCGUAAUGCUAGAAAAUUUGCAUAGGAUUCUUCCGCAAUCUUUUUUUGAUUUUAAUUUGUGA